GGAAGAGGAAGAGGAGGGACAAAGCGGAUCGAACAGGGCAGAGGAAUCACGCGGUCGAGCCCUGCCUGAAUUCGCAGCCCCCACCUGUGGGAUCAUCGCCCCCCAUCCCGCAGGAUUUCCCAUUCCCAGCCCCUGGGAGGCUGCGAGGAAGAGGAAGAGCCUCUCCUUGUCCUUCCUCCCCCAGGGCAGGAGCUGAGGAUGGAGAGCAGGGAGGACAAAUCCCCGCGGCAGAACCUGGUGGGAGAGGCCGUUUUGAGCGGCUCCACGGCGCAGGAACCCGACGGGGAGGAAAAGCCCCGGAGAUCCCGCACGAGGAGGGGCUGCAAACGCAGAUCGCGGGGAUCUGAGGGGGAAAGACCCACCCUGGGCCGGGGAGGCGGCCGGAGAUGGAGCCAGAGCACGGAGCUGGGGGUCCCUGAGCAGCUCCAUGAUGGGGAGAAGCCCCACAAGUGCUCCGAGUGUGGGAAGAGCUUCACAUGGAGAUCCGAGCUGAUCAUGCACCAGAGGAUCCACACUGGGGAGAGGCCCUACGAGUGUGGGGAGUGUGGGAAGAGCUUCAUAUGCAGCUCCAAACUGAUCACGCACCAGAGGAUCCACACUGGGGAGAGGCCCUACGAGUGUUCCAAGUGUGGGAAGAGAUUCUCACAGAGCUCCAGCCUGAUCAAGCACCAGAGGAUCCACACUGGGGAGAGGCCCUACGAGUGUUCCAAGUGUGGGAAGAGGUUUCCGACCAGCUCCUGUCUCCUCCGGCACUAUCAGAGUCACACAGAGGAGAGGCCCUUCUGCUGCCCCGACUGCGGGAAGGGAUUCAGGAGUAACUCAGACCUCAUCAAGCACCGGAGGAGCCACACUGGGGAGAGGCCCUACGAGUGUUCUGAGUGUGGGAAGACGUUUCCGACCAGCUCCCAUCUCCUCCGGCACUAUCAGAGUCACACGGAGGAGAGGCCCUUCUGCUGCCCCGACUGCGGGAAGGGAUUCAGGCAGAACUCCCACCUCACCAGGCAUCGCCGCAUCCACACUGGGGAGAGGCCCUACGAGUGUUCCAAGUGUGGGAAGAGAUUCUCCAGGAGCUCUCACUUGACCCGACACCAACGGAGUCACCGGUAAGGGAAGCCCUGCGAGUGCCCCGAGUGCGAGAAGAGCUAAACUCCAUCCCACACUGGAGGACCCACACUGGGCACAGCCCUGGUGACCCACAUUCCCUGUGAUCCAUGUUGGGAACACACCUGGCUGCUUCUCCUUUUGUGUUUACCUGCAUUGUUUUCUGUUCUCCACCUCUCUGUGCUCCGAAAGCCAAGAGGGAUCGAUCUUUCACCUCAAAUCCACUCACAUCCCACUGAAAACAACUGAAUUUUAACCCUCAGAGACUCAAUCCCACCUCAAAAAAAAACUGAAUCUCACACCAAACUCACUCGAUUCCACAGCUGCCAGGCUGAGAUGGGUUUGGGAGGAGACUGGGAGAAGUGGGAUCCCAGUUUAGAGCGGUGGGAUGGGGAUUGUGUGGGGCUGGGUGGCUGCGAUGUAUUUGAUAGCAAAUAAAACUUUCAGAC